AUGUCUAAUUGCAAAGCUAUUGGUAUCGAUUUGGGUACCACAUAUUCAUGUGUUGGAGUAUAUCAGAAUGGAAAGGUAAGUCUAUUUUAUUUUUAAAAUUUUGAAAAAUAAAUAUUUUUAAUUUCAGGUCGAAAUACUUGCAAAUUCUGAAGGAAACAAGACUACACCAUCAUAUGUUGCAUUCAGUGAAACUGAAAGAUUAGUUGGAGAUGCAGCAAAAGAUCAAGCUGCUAGAAAUCCAGAAAAUACAGUUUUUGAUGCAAAAAGAUUGAUUGGUCGAAAAUUCGCAGAUUCAACAGUUCAACAAGAUAUGAAACAUUUUCCAUUUGCAAUAAAAUCAAAAAAUGGAAAACCAGUAAUUGAAGUUGAAAUGAAAGGAGAAAAACGAGAAUUCAAUCCAGAAGAAAUAUCAGCAAUGGUACUUGGAAAAAUGAAAGAAACAGCUGAAACAUAUUUGGGACAUCAAAUAAAAGAUGCUGUUAUUACUGUACCAGCAUAUUUUAAUGAUUCACAAAGACAAGCAACAAAAGAUGCAGCAACAAUUGCGGGUUUGAAUGCAAUUCGAAUUAUAAAUGAACCAACUGCAGCUGCAUUAGCAUAUGGAUUAGACAAGAAUAUCAAAGAUGAUGAGAAAAAUGUAUUGAUCUUUGAUUUGGGUGGUGGAACAUUUGAUGUAUCAAUUCUAACAAUUGCUGAUGGUUCGAUAUUUGAAGUUAAAUCAACAGCUGGUGAUACACAUUUAGGAGGAGAAGAUUUUGAUCAAAGAAUUCUUCAACAUUUUAUGAGUGAAUUUAAAAGAAAACAUGGAAAAGAUAUUCAAUCAAAUCCAAGAGCAAUUCGAAGAUUAAGAACUGCAUGUGAAAGAGCAAAAAGAACAUUAUCAAGUUCAUCGGAAGCGAUUGUUGAAGUUGAUUCACUUUUUGAAGGAAUUGAUUUAUGUUCAAGAAUUACACGUGCAAGAUUUGAAGAAUUGUGUGCUGAUUUAUUCCGAAAAACAUUGGAACCAGUUGAAAAAGCAUUGAGAGAUGCAAAAUUGGAUAAAUCAAAAAUCGAUGAAGUUGUUUUGGUUGGAGGAUCAACAAGAGUUCCAAAGAUUCAAAAAAUGUUGAAAGAUUUCUUCAAUGGAAAAGAAUUGAAUUGUUCAAUCAAUCCAGAUGAAGCUGUUGCUUAUGGUGCUGCUGUUCAAGCUGCAAUUCUUUCUGGAAUUAAAGAUGAUUCAAUCAAAGAUGUUUUAUUGGUUGAUGUUGCUCCUUUGAGUCUUGGAAUUGAAACUGCUGGUGGAGUUAUGACAAAUUUGAUUGAUCGAAAUACUCGAAUUCCAACAAAAGCAUCAAAAACCUUUUCAACAUAUGCUGAUAAUCAACCAGGUGUUUCAAUUCAAGUAUUUGAAGGUGAAAGAGCAAUGACAAAAGAUAAUCAUCAAUUGGGAACAUUUGAAUUAUGUGGAAUUCCACCAGCUCCAAGAGGUGUUCCACAAAUUGAAGUAACAUUUGAUAUUGAUGCAAAUGGAAUAUUGAAUGUAACAGCUUGUGAUAAAUCAACUGGAAAAUCGAAUCAUAUUCAAAUUAAAAAUGAAAAAGGAAGAUUAUCACAAAAUGAUAUUGAUCGAAUGGUAAAUGAAGCAAAACAAUUUGAAAAAGAAGAUGAAGAACAACGACAAAAAAUUGGAGCAAGAAAUCAAUUGGAAGGAUAUAUUUUCCAAAUUAAACAAGCAAUUGAUGAAUAUGGUUCAAAAUUAUCACAAGAAGAUGUUGAAAAAGCUAAAAAUAUUUGUGAACAAACAUUGAAUUGGAUGGAAUCAAAUAGUUUGGCUGAAAAAGAUGAAAUUGAUGCAAAAUAUCAAGAAAUCAAACAAGUUUGUCAACAAAUUAUGUCAAAAAUGCAUCAACAAGGACAAACAAAUCAACAAAAUUGUGGAAAUCCACAAAGUUCUGGAUUCUCAAACAAUAAUUAUCCAUCUGGUCCAACUGUUGAAGAAGUUGACUAA